UUCCCGCAUGUGUAUGUAAUCCUGUUGAAAAAAAGCUGAGUUCAGUGAUCGAUGUUACGUGUGUAACAAUCUCUAAGAUAAACAAAAACAAAAAAAUUAAUUAUUUAUUUAAAUAAAUAAAUGGCCUUAUUGUUUACAAGCAUGUGGGACUCGACAAUGUUCCUGAGCACACUGACACCUAAAUUUUACGUUGCACUAACUGGUACAUCAUCAUUAAUAUCCGGGUUGAUAUUAAUAUUUGAAUGGUGGUACUUUCGUAAAUAUGGGACAUCAUUUAUUGAACAAGUAUCUUUGAAUCACAUAUCACCUUGGAUUGGUGGUAAUGACAGUGGAUCUGAUAACAAUAAUCCAAAUAUAAAUAACACAAAUAAUUCGUCAAAUCAGCAGAGUGUACCAGAGUGUAAAGUAUGGCGUAAUCCGAUAAAUUUAUUCCGCGGUGCUGAGUAUCAACGUUUUUAUUGGGCGACAAAUAAAGAACCUUUAACAUAUUAUGACAUGAAUCUUUCAGCACAAGACCAUCAGACAUUUUUUACAUGCGAAGGCGACACCGGUAAAGCUGAGUACGAGAUCAUGCAAACAGCUUGGCGUGAACGUAAUCCCGUGGUGAGAAUAAAAGCUGCCCACAGUGCGCUUGAACAUAAUGCUGAAUGUGCGCCAGCUUAUAUUUUGCUUGCUGAAGAAGAAGCUACGACGAUACUUGAAGCUGAAAAAAUUUUAAAACAAGCUUUGAAAGUUGCUGAAAAUAAUUACAGAAAGUCACAAAAUACUCAGCAUCAGGGUGCUACUGCUGAAGCGAUACACAGAAGGGAUACCAAUGUAUUAAUUUACAUCAAAAGACGUCUAGCAAUGUGUGCUAGGAAACUCGGUAAAUUAAAAGAAGCUGUUAAAAUGUUUCGUGAUUUAACAAAAGAAGUACCUCCAAUAAUGAAUGUAUUAAAUAUACAUGAAAAUUUAAUAGAAGCACUGUUAGAGAUGCAGGCGUAUGCAGACGUACAAGCUGUUUUAGCUAAAUAUGACGACAUAAGUUUGCCUAAAUCAGCGACAAUAUGUUAUACAGCAGCUCUGCUAAAAGCAAGACUGGUUGCUGAUAAAUUUUCUCCGGACAUAGCCAGCAAACGUGGAUUAACAACUGCCGAGAUGUCUGCGGUAGAAGCUAUUCAUCGUGCUGUUGAAUUCAAUCCUCAUGUACCAAAGUAUCUAUUGGAAAUGAAACCGCUUAUUUUACCACCCGAACAUGUAUUAAAACGCGGCGAUUCCGAAGCUAUUGCAUACGCAUUUUUCCAUUUAUCGCACUGGAAGCAAAUGGAAGGUGCUUUGAAUCUUCUGCACUGCACGUGGGAAGGGACUUUUAGAAUGUUACCUUAUCCAUUGGAACGUGGACACCUUUUUUACCCGUACCCAACUUGCACCGAGUGUGCAGAUCGAGAGCUAUUACCCUCAUUUCACGACGUCAGUGUUUAUCCCAAGAAAGAGUUGCCCUUUUUCAUUUUGUUUACUGCUGGAUUGUGCUCGUUCACAGCUUUGCUGGCUCUGUUGACUCAUCAGUAUCCUGAUACCAUGGGUGUCGUCGCCAGAGCAAUGCUCGCUUGGCUCUCCCUACCUUUUUAUUACAUUCUUGAUAAACUAGAAGCUAUUUUACCCUCUAAUUUAUUACAACAAUUGUCAAGAAUAUAAAACAAACAAAAUCAUUAUUAUUAUUAAUUAAAAAUUAAUAAUUACUUUUGUUUCUUUUUUUUUUUUAAUUGAAUUCUAUUUAAUGUGAUAUUCGCAAAACAUUUAUUGUACUAUUUUUUAUUAAUUUUUUUAUCACGAGAAUCUCGUACAGACUUCCAAUACCCUGAGAACUGAUAUAUUAUUAAUUAAUUAUAAUUAUUAUCUUAUUUAUAUAGUGUAUCUUUUUGUUUAUUAGUGUAUAAUUAGUGUGA